CCAGGCAGGCAGGCAGCAGCAACCAGAGCUCAACCAUAGGAAGCGGCUUGCGGAGUGGGAAAGAUUCCCACUACCAUGAGCUUCAGAUUUGGUGGGUUCUGAAGCCCAUGAGAACAGAGCGCCACCGUUCAUUUGCUGGGGAUCCACUGCUCUGAAGCGCAGUCAACUGCCGGGCAGAAACGGAGUGAAAUAGGACCGCAGCAUAGGGCCACCUGUCUACCGAUCGGCCGCGGAGAGAGGCAGCUUGACCUAAAGCGCCGCUUGGAGGAUCCGAUGGAGUCGAGCUCCGGGCCGCCACCGCCACCUCAGCAGCCGCGAGCCGACAGCCGCCAUCGCCUUGGGCCUCCACUCGUCACCACCAUGGCCGAGGACGAAUCUGCCUCCACGCCUUACACCGAAGAUGAUUUCUACUGUCCGAUCUGUCAAGAAGUCUUCAAGACGCCGGUUCGGGUCGCGGCCUGUCAGCACGUUUUCUGCAGAAAAUGUUUCCUGACUGCAAUGAAGGAGAGCCGGAUCCAUUGCCCCCUGUGCCGUGGCAAUGUGACUAGAAGAGAGAGAGCGUGCCCAGAGAGGGCCCUUGACCUUGAAACCAUCAUGAGAAGUUUUCUUGGUAAUUGCCGUUGCUGUUCCCAACGUAUCGAACUGUACCGCAUGAGACAACACUACAAAACUUGCGAGAAGUAUCAAGAUGAGUUUGGAGUUUCUUCAACUAUUCCAACAUUCCAACUGUCUCCAGACUCCGUGGACAACAGCAACAGCAACAGCAACAGCAACAGCAACAGCGAGGCAUCCACCUCAGGAAACGAAGCAAGGCAUCCACCUCAGGCUUACCAAGAAGAAGGCGAGGCAAGCCCGCCUGAUCAGCCCACCUUUGAUUGCCCUCUGUGUGAGGAAGUAAACAUGACCAGGCAGCGUUUGCUGGAUCACUGCAACAACAACCACAGAGCUCAUGUUGUUCCAGUCAUUUGCCCAAUUUGCCUAUCUCUUCCAUGGGGCGACCCUACUCAACUGACGAGAAAUUUCGUUAGUCAUCUGAACCAGAGGCAUCAAUUUGACUACGAAGAUUUCGUGAAUCUUCAACUGGAUGAGGAAACUCAGUACCAAAUUGCUAUUGAAGAGUCUUUCCAUAUCAACAUCUAGAGGGACUCUCUUUAGCUUUACAAUCGUCCUAAGGGACAAUUUACAUGAAGUCAUCCUUUCAAUAACUUGAUGUGUUUUAAAUAAAAGU